UGAGCCUGCGCAGGAGGCCAAUAGGCUGCCAAUACUCCUUGGACUCCCCGUCAGGGCCCUGCUGUCAGUGCGCCUGCGCGCGGGUCCGGCACGGAGGUUCUUGACUGCUGUGCCGGACGCCAGGUGUAGCCAUGCAGCGAGCCGACUCCGAGCAGCCCUCCAAGCGGCCCCGUUGCGAUGACAGCCCGAGAACCCCCUCAAGCACCCCUUCCGCAGAGGCAGACUGGUCCUCGGGCCUGGAACUCGAUCCCGACUACAAGACAUGGGAUCCGGAGCAGGUGUGCUCCUUCCUCGGGCGCGGUGGCUUUGAAGAGCCGGGGCUGCUGAAGAACAUCCUAGAAAACAAAAUCACAGGCGCAUUACUGCCCUGUCUUGAUGAGUCUCAUUUUGAAAAUCUUGGAGUAAGUUCCUCGGGGGAGAGGAAGAAGCUGCUUAGUUAUAUCCAGCGAUUGGUUCAAAUCCACAUUGAUACAAUGAAGGUAAUUAAUGAUCCUAUCCAUGGCCACAUUGAGCUCCACCCUCUCCUCGUCCGAAUCAUUGAUACACCUCAAUUUCAACGUCUUCGAUACAUCAAACAGCUGGGAGGUGGUUACUAUGUUUUUCCAGGAGCUUCACACAAUCGAUUUGAGCAUAGUCUAGGGGUGGGGUAUCUAGCAGGAUGUCUAGUUCGCGCACUGGGUGAAAAACAACCAGAGCUGCAGAUAAGUGAACGAGAUAUUCUCUGUGUUCAGAUUGCUGGACUUUGUCAUGAUCUUGGUCAUGGGCCAUUUUCUCACAUGUUUGAUGGACGAUUUAUUCCACUUGCUCGCCCGGAGGUGAAAUGGACGCAUGAACAAGGCUCAGUUAUGAUGUUUGAGCACCUUAUUAAUUCUAAUGGAAUCAAGCCUAUCAUGGAACAAUAUGGUCUCAUCCCUGAAGAAGAUAUUUGCUUUGUCAAGGAACAAAUUGUAGGACCACUUGAAUCACCUGUCGAAGAUUCAUUGUGGCCAUAUAAAGGGCGUCCUAAAAAGAAAAGCUUCCUUUAUGAGAUAGUGUCUAAUAAAAGAAAUGGCAUUGAUGUGGACAAAUGGGAUUAUUUUGCCAGGGACUGCCAUCAUCUUGGAAUCCAAAAUAAUUUUGAUUACAAGCGCUUUAUUAAGUUUGCCCGUGUCUGUAAAGUAGACAAUGAGUUGCGUAUUUGUGCUAGAGAUAAGGAAGUUGGAAAUCUGUAUGACAUGUUCCACACUCGCAACUCUUUACACCGUAGAGCUUAUCAACACAAAGUUGGCAACAUUAUUGAUACAAUGAUUACAGAUGCUUUCCUCAAAGCAGACGACUACAUAGAGAUUACAGGUGCUGGAGGAAAAAAGUAUGGCAUUUCUACAGCAAUUGACGACAUGGAAGCCUAUACUAAGCUGACAGAUAACAUUUUUCUGGAGAUUUUAUACUCUACUGAUCCCAAAUUGAAAGACGCACGAGAGAUUUUAAAACAAAUUGAAUACCGUAAUCUAUUCAAGUAUGUGGGUGAGACCCAGCCAACAGGACAAGUAAAGAUUAAAAGGGAGGACUAUGAAUCUCUUCCAAAAGAGGUUGCCAAUGCUAAACCCAAAGAAUUGCUAGACGUGAAACUGAAGGCUGAAGAUUUUAUAGUGGAUGUUAUCAACAUGGAUUAUGGAAUGCAAGAAAAGAAUCCAAUUGAUCAUGUUAGCUUCUAUUGUAAGACUGCCCCCAACAGAGCAAUCAGGAUUACUAAAAACCAGGUUUCACAACUUCUGCCAGAGAAAUUUGCAGAGCAGCUGAUUCGAGUAUAUUGUAAGAAGGUGGACAGAAAGAGUUUGUAUGCCGCAAAACAACAUUUUGUUCAGUGGUGUGCAGACAGAAAUUUCACCAAGCCGCAGGAUGGCGAUGUUAUAGCCCCACUCAUAACACCUCAAAAAAAGGAAUGGAAUGACAGUACUUCAGUCCAAAAUCCAACUCGCCUCCGAGAAGCAUCCAAAAGCAGAGUCCAGCUUUUUAAAGAUGACCCAAUGUGAAUGUCUGUAGUCAGUUGUUUACAAACUUCCUCUCCUGCACAAUUCAUUUAGGGGCUUCAAUCAUAGAAUUCUGCAAAUUAAUGACAACUCAUGCUUUAAUUUUGUAUUUUGAAUGUACACGUAUGCUGAAGCUAAAUAACUUUUAAUCAAAGAAAUAAGAUGGUAUUAGGCAAAUCUUACUAUACUAUGAAAAGCAUUACCUUGCCUAUUUUUAAUAUUAUUAAAGCCUUUCUCCUUCAGUAGUCUAUUUUCUUAGAAUAACAACUCUUUUAUCUACUCUGAAUUUUAUUUUUUUUCUUUUUUAAGAGACAAGGUUUUGCUCUGUUGCCCAGGUUGGACUCGAACUUUCCUGGGCUCAAGCGACCCCCCUGCCUCAGACCCCCAAGUAGCUGGGACUAAAGUCACGUGCCACCACACCCAGCUUACUCUGAACUUUUAUGACAGAUGAUUGUUUUUUGUUUUUAAUGUAGAAAUGAGACAAGGGUACAAAUUGGAAUUAGAAGUUGACAUUGUCAUUGACAAACAUGGCUAAAAACAAAACAUCAAAUCCUGCCCCCAUGAAGAGUUCCCUGUCACCUCAAGUUUGAGGAUAGUCCUCUAAAAGUGACCUAAGCAUAGGUGAAAGACACCUCCCCUCACCCUUCUAGUCCCCUACAAGGUGCCAGGUCGGGGUAAAGAGUUGGAGAUGAUGGCCAGGAGUGGCCUCCAACACGCUGGUGAGAGGCCUGAUUAGGUUUUGGGGAAGAUCUGAGAGCUCUGGCCUCCUUGUGAGUGGAACAUAAAGCCACCUCUUGUUGGGAGAUCCUACCCCAGUGACAGAGGAAUCCCCCAAACUAGGCUGUGCCCUGGCUCAGUGGCAGCUCCAGACCCGGGCAGUGCCUUUGUCUCCUGAAUACUCACUCCCCUGGUCCAGAGGGCCUUCCCACUGCCCAGCCUGGAGAAGGCCUCCCCUGACCUGCUCUCUCAGUAUCCUGGAGAGCUGGCCAGAGGCCGUCACAGGCACCGUCCUCAGAGCUCCUCAGACCUGGGACUUUGUUUUUGCUGGUUCAGUGCAUUUUGUGUAUUUAAGAGCAAACACUAGCCAGGCGUGGCGGUGUGCGCCUGUAGUCCCAGCUACUUGGGAGGCUGAGGCAGGAGAAUUGCUUGAACCCGGGAGGUGGAGGUUGCAGUGAGCCUAGAUCACGCCAUUGCACUCCAGCCUGGGUGACAGAGUGAGACUCCAUCUCCAAAAAAAAAGCACAAACACUGCACUGCCUGUGCUGAAAUUAGUGACCACCCAGUGGGUUCCAGGCUCCCCUAGGUAACUUCAUUUUCCCAGCAGUGGAGUGGGCACCACCUUGGUGGGGCAGUGCCCCUGUGCCCAGGGCACACCUCAUUCCCAGUUCUACAGCAAUUCACCAAGAACAAAGUCUGCAGUUAGAGCCAAAGCUGGUGGUGGCCAGAGGGUGCUGAAGAUACAGGCCAGUGGGGAUGGGAGCCAUGAGCCCCGAAUGUCUUCUGCUCUGAUGCUCCCCAGAAUAAGCCUCCCUGGCACACUGGGAGUGAGGGGCAGCCUGAGCAAGUAGGGGAACUCAGACCAAGGGUCAGCAGAUUUCCCAGCAGUCUGUCACUGGCCACCGUGUAGCCAGAUUCUGUUCCGUCCACACUGAGGUGAAGAGUACUUGGAAUGUCUGCCAUCCUGUAUGAUCACCCCACCCCUCGUCCAUCCAUCAGUAGAUAAUAAGGGUUGGUUACAAUUCAUAAGAGAAUAGUUAAAACACUUCUCUCAUGCCUACCAUGGUGCCGUAUGAAGGGGAUUUGUUCACAUAUGGGCUCAGCGACGCACAAAUGAGGUCAGCCGUGGCACUAGGUCAUUCCCAUUUUAGCCAAGGUGCCUCUAUAGGGGUCAGACACCAUGUGCCCACACCUAAGAUCAGGAAUGUCAUAUUUUUCUGUUAAAAUCAUUUUAUUUCUGUGUAUCUUACCUUUAAAUCAUUGUGGUUUACUCUGAGAUUCUGUAGUCCUAAUAUUGUAUCAUUGUGCUGUCUGCAAAACAACUUGAAUCUAUUUUGUUUGCAUCUUUUGUUACAUGUAAGGCGGCUGUACUUUAUGUUCUUUGCAACUGUUUUCAUUAUGAGAACUCUGUGCUAUUUACAAGGUUACAUUUUUCUUGGCCAGGCAAGAUGGUCAUGACUGUAAUCCCAGCACUUUGGGAGGCCAAGGUGGGCGGACCACUUGAGGUAAAGAGUUGAGACCAGCCUGGCUAGCAUGGCGAAACCCAGUCUCUACUAAAAAUACAAAAAAUAGCUGGGUGAAAUUAGCUGGGCGUGGUGGUGUGUGCUUAUAAUCCCAGCUACUCGGGAGGCUGAGGCAGGAGAAUCGCUUGAAACCGGGAGGCAGAGGUUGCAGCGAGCCAAGAUCAGGCCACUGCACUCCAGCCUCGGGGUCAAGAGCAAAACUCUGGCUCAAACAAAAAAAAAAAAAAGAAAGAAACAUCUUCGCUAUUUGUAUAAAAAUGGAAAUUUUAACAGCUUAGCCUCUAGAGAGUUACUGAACGUGGUUACCUUGGGAAUGUAAAUAGAACUGCAAGUUAAAAUGACUGGCCACUUCAACUGGGUAAGGGAAACAGCUGCAAUAAAGCUUCGUGAAUAUGUA